AUGUUCCGAACCGCCCUCCGCCAGAGCACGCGCGCCGCCGGUGCCCUCUCUGCCUCGAGCAGAGUUGCUGCCGUUCGGUCCGCCGCUCCCGCCGUCGCCUCGAUACAAGCUCGCACCUAUGCCGACAAGGCUACUCCCACCGAGGUCUCCUCUAUCCUGGAGCAGCGCAUCCGAGGUGUGCAGGAGGAGUCCAACCUCGCCGAGACUGGCCGUGUCUUGUCUGUCGGUGAUGGUAUCGCCCGUGUGCACGGUAUGGCCAACGUCCAGGCCGAGGAGCUGGUCGAGUUUGCCUCUGGCGUCAAGGGCAUGUGCAUGAACCUCGAGGCCGGCCAGGUCGGUGUCGUGCUUUUCGGUUCUGACCGUCUCGUCAAGGAGGGCGAGACCGUCAAGCGUACCGGAGAGAUUGUUGAUGUCCCCGUCGGCCCUGAGCUGCUCGGUCGUGUCAUCGACGCUCUCGGCAACCCCAUCGAUGGCAAGGGCCCUCUCAACACCAAGGAGAAGCGCCGUGCCCAGCUCAAGGCUCCUGGCAUUCUCCCCCGCCGCUCCGUCAACCAGCCCGUGCAGACCGGUCUCAAGUCCAUCGACGCUAUGGUUCCCAUCGGCCGUGGCCAGCGUGAGCUGAUUAUCGGUGACCGUCAGACCGGAAAGACCGCCGUCGCUCUGGAUGCCAUGCUCAACCAGAAGCGUUGGAACAACACCAGCGACGAGACCAAGAAGCUGUACUGUGUUUAUGUUGCUGUCGGCCAGAAGCGGUCCACUGUUGCCCAGCUCGUCAAGACCCUCGAGGAAAACGACGCCAUGAAGUACUCCAUCGUCGUUGCCGCCACCGCCUCCGAGGCUGCUCCCCUGCAGUACCUGGCUCCCUUCACCGGCUCUGCUGUGGGAGAGUGGUUUCGCGAUUCUGGCAAGCACUCUCUGGUUAUCUACGACGAUCUUUCCAAGCAGGCUGUGGCCUACCGUCAGAUGUCUCUGCUGCUGCGUCGUCCCCCUGGACGUGAGGCCUACCCCGGUGAUGUCUUCUACCUGCACUCUCGUCUGCUCGAGCGUGCUGCCAAGAUGAACGAGAAGCACGGUGGUGGCUCCAUGACUGCGCUGCCCGUCAUUGAGACCCAGGGUGGUGAUGUGUCUGCCUACAUUCCCACCAAUGUCAUUUCCAUCACCGACGGCCAGAUCUUCCUGGAGGCUGAGCUGUUCUACAAGGGUGUUCGUCCUGCCAUCAACGUCGGUCUGUCCGUGUCUCGUGUCGGCUCCGCCGCCCAGCUCAAGGCCAUGAAGCAGGUCGCUGGUUCCCUGAAGCUCUUCUUGGCCCAGUACCGUGAGGUCGCUGCUUUCGCCCAGUUCGGUUCCGAUCUGGAUGCCGCCACCAAGCAGACCCUGAACCGUGGUGAGCGUUUGACCGAGCUUCUCAAGCAGAAGCAGUACUCUCCCAUGGCCGUCAACGAGAUGGUGCCUCUUAUCUUCGCCGGUGUCAACGGUUACCUCGACUCCGUCCCCGUCGGCAAGAUCCUCCAGUGGGAGGCUGACUUCCUGUCCCACCUGAAGACCAACGAGUCCGAGCUGAUCGCCACCAUCGACAAGGAGGGUGCUCUCAGCAAGGAACUCGAGGCCAAGCUGAAGGAUGUUAUCGUCAGCUUCACCAAGAGCUUCACCUCCUAAACGGUUUUAUAAUCUUGGUAUGACCGGGAAAGAAAAACAAAAAAGGGCUAUCUUUGAGGAAGGGCGAUCUUAGGGGGCAUAUGGAGAGACACAAAAGAAAAAGGCGUCUUCACCAUGUGUAGUUCGUUUCCCAACUUGGAGAGAGACAGAGACAGGGAGGAGGCAGGCUUUCAUGAUCGGGGUGCCGGUGACUGAAAGAUGGCAUGAGUGAGAGGGUGAUGUCGGUUGCACCAUUGUAAAAAUAGAGUCGUCAACCAAACUAGCACUCGAUUUCUUUUGUCCGUGAAGGCAUUCAGCUCCAGUACUACG